AUGAUCUCCAAGCCGGUAGCCAUCGUCACCGGCGCUUCGUCGGGGAUGGGAGAAGCCCUGGCUGAAGACCUGGCAAGUCAAGGAUGGCAAGUCGCCAUGGCCGACAUCAAAGAAAAUGCCCACCUCAGCUCCAGGCUCGGCGAGAAUGCCAGCUACCACUAUUGCAACGUCGCCGAUUAUGACAGCCAGGCCCAGUGCUUCCAAUCGGUCUGGGACAAGUAUGGGCGCCUGGACGCACUGUGUGCCAAUGCAGGCAUAAAAAGAAUCCCACCGAAGCCCGACCUCCUCUGUACCGAUGUGGACUACAAAGGGGUUGUAUAUGGAACACAGCUAGCGAUUCAUUUCAUGCGCAAGAACCAAACUCCAGGCGGUAGCAUUGUGGUGACGGCCAGCGCAGCGGCUGUAACACCUCAUGAGACAUACCCCGAAUAUGACGGAGCAAAGGCAGCUGUCAUGAACUUCGUGCGGGCAACGUCACGUAUUCUCAGCCUUAAGGAAAACAUUCGCAUCAAUUGCGUACUCCCGGGUAUAGUAGCGACCAAGAUCAUCCCUCCCGAGAUGGUAGCGGCUGUCUCUACUGAAUGCCUCACACCAGUAUCGACCAUUGUGGCUGCGUACAGGAAGUGCUUGGAGGACAAGACCUUGGCUGGGGAAGCGCUGGAGUGCUCGGCGGACAAGAUAUUGCCAGUACCCAGGCCAGCGCUUCAGAACGGGCGAAUCUCAGCCAGAGCUGUGACGGUCUGGGAUCCUUUGUUCAAGACGUACCAUAACGAGCCGUCAGGCCUUCCGGAUGCCAUCGCCUAG